GUGAAGGGUGUCGGUGUAGAACGAACGUGUCUACGAAAGUCCGGUUCACGUGGUCACUUAUGUGUGCGAAAGAAAUGGGAAACGGCAUUACGCAUUAUUCUGGCAGCUUUCAUUCUUGGUGAUGUAUAUACUUAGAAUUAUAAUUCUAUGUGGAUUCUUGAAAGAAGAAAGGAUUGACACGAAUUUUAGAUAAAUAGGAUAAGAGAACUGUGCUUAGAAAGGUUGUUGGUCUUAUCAGGGUUGUCAGUCUAGUAAGAAAGAUAAAAAAAAUAUGACCCCUGUUCCCAAAGAAGGAUGUGACGCUUGACACUCUCGGGGAAAAGUUUUGCUAUUCUACUUCAAAAAAUAAAUGAAAAUCAAUGAGGAUAUUCACCGUCGCUGUUCGAAUGAUGAGUAAUGUGUGUGGUGGGAUCACGGCCAGACAAAAUGAGGCAGCGGUGGGCGGCUGGUGGGCGGUGGGCAGUCUCAUUCUGCCUCUUGGUCGCGUUCGCCUGGGCUCCUCGCGCACGUGGACACAUGGCAGUCUCCUGCCCAUCACAUUCACCACGUCAACAGCGCAUUGAUUAUCGACGCGUAUGAAUCAUGGCUAAUAUUUUACAAGUAACAUCCCAAAGCAAACACCCCGGUAACAGCCUGAGGAUGGAGGCGACGCCCGUGCUGGUCCCGGGCCCGGCCUCGAGGAGGAUCGUGGGCCUCGUGCAGAUGCCCCUGGAAGGCAGCCGCGGGGCCUGGCGGGAGGAGGGCGAGCCGGCGGAGGGCAGCGGCAUGCCGGGCAGGGGCAAGAGGGACUACAGCCUCGAGGAUUUCUUCCUGUGGAUGGCUUCAGGCGACGGCCCCUCCGAGGAGUGGCAGCACCGGCCGCGCGACACUUCUUGGUUCCACGAGAUUACGACCACCACUGUGUUCCUGACCACCACGGUGUACACCACAGUUAUCCCUUCCCCCUUCACGCCUUCCACAAUCCUACCCACCAUGGCCUCCUCUGAACACAUCAAUCCUACGAAGAUCUACGAAGGAUCUGCUUCGCAAGGAGUGAGCUCGAACAUUGGCCCGCAGAAGGGCGAAGGGAAGGACCUGGGCGAGGACGGGCAAGGGGACGCCACGAAGAACGGCUCCGAUGUGCACGAACGGCCUCAGAGCGACUACCCGCAGUCAGGGCAGAGUGGGAACCAGAUCCCAGGCUCGUCAAGCAGUAAAGACCAGAGCUAUGACAAGGCAGGCAAGACGAACUACAUCACGGUCACGAAGACCAUCACGUCCCCGCCGACGCUCUUCUCCACAAGGCCUUCGACGACCAGCCCGCCGUCGCCUCCCGACGAGUCGAGCUAUGACACGACUGAUCUCGUUCGGCCUUCUAUCGAGUAUCCCGGGCCCUCUGCCACCCUCACCGUACCUUCAGCGACGCCGUCGUUGUCUCAGACAGUCACUCCCUCUCUAACUGUUAACACUAGACCACCAGCGGGCGAGACCUUCUACACCCAACCGACCUCGAUUGUGACUUUCGAUGACUCAUCUCCUACGGCGACCCUGGAAGGAGGCAGCGGAGGGGACUGGACGGACUGGGGCGAACUCACUCCCGAGAUGUCGCAGCCAGAACCUGCCACAACCGCGAAAGAUGUUCCUGGCAGCGAAUACACUGCUAUAAUGCCAACACCAGCAGUGGGCGAGUCGGACGAAAAUACAAUGGAGGAACCUUCAGCGGAAUACACCACUGAGACUUCACACGAGGGGAGCGGAACGAAAGAGGUGACUAGUUCAGAGAACGCUGCAACUCCCACCGACGGGACAACAAUCAGCGAAGAGACCGAAACAACAACGAAAGACGAUCGAAACCCCACGGAAAUAACGAAUCCUGUCAACGAAACACCGUCAGGAGGGAUGAUUGUAGACGCCCCAGUAACCGAAGAGACACAUGGGACUACUGGAGGACCACUAGAAAUAACUACAGAGCCAAACGAGACUGAAGAAGAAAUUUUAGGCGGCGAUGCCUAUGAGCCUACAGCCGCUCUCCCUUCUGCAGUUCCCACUCUGACAGCCACGCUCCGCCCACUGGUCGAAGACGCCGAAAUCACUCACGACCUCACAACACCAGCGAAUGAGAGCACUGACCCUGGCACCGAAGACGGGAACGAUAACAUUUUGACCACGCCGUCGAGUACAGAAAACACUUCAGCGAGCGCCCCCUGGUAUCCUGUCACGACAGGCAGCGUCGAGGCAGUCGAUCCUUCGCCAGUCGAACUCGACGAGAUAGGAGGCGAAGUCGCUACCAACGCAACGAACUGGAGCGAGAGUUUCCCGGAGACGGCGAUAACUCUGCCUUCGGUGUCUGUCUUUCCUGAAGAAGGGAAAAGGGGAGAAGGAGAGGGAAAGGAGGAGAAAGGCGAGCAAGAAGGUGACAAGGGGGUAAAUGAGGAGGAAGAAGAGGACAAGGGCUCCCACUCUCCUGCCGAAGGAACCAAGGCAGAGAUGGGCGGGGCGGUCACAAAGGGCCCUUCGGUGAGUGAAACUUCGACGGUCCUUGUUGGCACAGAGGGCUUGAGUGAGGAGGCUGGUGCGGACGGUGGAAACGACACGGCUGAUGUUGGCACUGAUGGAAAGGCUGAUGAUGGUGGCACUGGCAUGGAAACAGCUGCAGGAAAUGACAACAGUAUCGAUAGUGAAGAAAUUGAGGGCAGUACUGUUGGUAGUGAAGAUGAUGGUGGCAGUGUUGAAGAGCAUGUUACAGGUGUUGGUAGUGGAGGUGUUGACGGCACUGGUAUGGAAGGCGCUCGUGGAAACGAUACUGGCAUUAGCAGCGGCACUGGUAUUGGGUUCGGAGAGAGUGAUGGCAUUGGUGUUGCCAGCGGAGAUGGUGAUGAAACUGGCGUGGCAGGCGUUCAUGGAAAUGAGUCUGUCGCUAGCGGUGGUGGCACUAUUGUUGGCAGUGGAGAUGGUGGCAGUGAUGUUGGUAGUGGAGGUAGCGAUGGUACCACUGUAGGAAGUGUAGGUGUAACUUUCGUUAACAAUGAUGCUGAUGACACGACUACUGCCAAUGCUGAAGAUGACGGUACUAUUGUUGGCAGUGGUGAUGGAGAUAGCGGUAUUGUUGAUAAUAACAACGAGAGUGAAAAUGUUGGCAGUGGUGAUGACGCUGUUGCUGGCAGUGGUGAAGACGCUGUUGCUGGCAGUGGUGAUGACGCUAAUGUUGGCAGUGGUGAUGACGCUGUUGCUGGCAGUGGUGAUGACGCUGUUGCUGGCAGUGGUGAUGACGCUGAUGUUGGCAGUGGUGAUGGCACUGGUGCUGGCAGUGGUGAUGACGCUGUUGCUGGCAGUGGUGAUGACGCUAAUGUUGGCAGUGGUAAUGACGCUGUUGCUGGCAGUGGUGAUGACGCUAAUGUUGGCAGUGGUGAUGACGCUAAUGUUGGCAGUGGUGAUGACGCUGUUGCUGGCAGUGGUGAUGACGCUAAUGUUGGCAGUGGUGAUGACGCUAAUGUUGGCAGUGGUGAUGACGCUGUUGCUGGCAGUGGUGAUGACGCUAAUGUUGGCAGUGGUGAUGACGCUGUUGCUGGCAGUGGUGAUGACGCUGAUGUUGGCAGUGGUGAUGACGCUGAUGUUGGCAGUGGUGAUGACGCUGUUGCUGGCAGUGAUGAUGACGCUGUUGCUGACAGUGGUGAUGACGCUGUUGCUGGCAGUGGUGAUGACGCUGUUGCUGGCAGUGGUGAUGACGCUGUUGCUGGCAGUGGUGAUGACGCUAAUGUUGGCAGUGGUGAUGACGCUAAUGUUGGCAGUGGUGAUGACGCUAAUGUUGGCAGUGGUGAUGACGCUGAUGUUGGCAGUGGUGAUGACGCUAAUGUUGGCAGUGGUGAUGACGCUAAUGUUGGCAGUGGUGAUGACGCUAAUGUAGGCAGUGGUGAUGACGCUAAUGUUGGCAGUGGUGAUGACGCUGAUGUUGGCAGUGGUGAUGACGCUAAUGUUGGCAGUGGUGAUGACGCUAAUGUUGGCAGUGGUGACGACGCUGUUGCUGGCAGUGGUGAUGACGCUGUUGCUGGCAGUGGUGAUGACGCUAAUGUUGGCAGUGGUGAUGACACUGUUAUUGGAGGAGACGGGGGGCUUGGUAGUGGUGGUGACCCUGUUGUUGGCAGUGGCGACGGCGUGUUUGUUGGCAAUGGAGAUGGCGCUAUUGUUGGAAAUGGAUAUAGCAACGACACUACUGAUGGUGAUGAUGGUGAUGACAAUGGCGGUGAUACCAACACCAUUUUUGGAAGUGGUGACUUUAAUGCCAAUGGUGAAGAUGGUAAAGAUACUGCUUUCAGCAGUGGUGAUGGCACUGUAGCUGGGAGUUAUAAUGGUAAUAACGAUGGUGAUGAGAGCGCUGUUGCUGACAUUGGCGAUGAAAGUGGAAGCGGUGAUAGUGACAGGACAGCUGUUGGCAGUAGGGGCAAUAGCUCUGUCGAUACUGCUGGUGAUGAAAAUACCACUAUAGGUAAUGAUAGUGAAGGAACUACAGUAAGCAGUCAGUCUGACAACGAGAAAGUUAGUGGUGAAGAUAAUAGCGUCACCACAACAAUUAGCAGUGAAGAUGGUGUAUCUGCCGAUGAAAGUGGUGUCGUAACUGCUGCAGACAAUAUCGGCUCUGAUGGUGAUGACACUGGCGUUAGCAGUGGCGAUGCUGAUGGCCCUGCAGGUGAUACUGAUAAUGUCACAACUGUAGGCAGUGCCAAUGGAGGUGGCAUCUUUACUGACGAAGAUGGUGAUGAUGGUGGAGCAUAUAGUGGAGACGGGGGAGCAAUACCAAGCAAAGAUGGUGAUGAGAGUGCCACUGAAAUACCAAAAGGCAGCGGUGAUGUAGAGGGUGGAACUGCCACGCCUGCAACAGAAAAUGCGAUGGAAAGUGGAACUGGAGAAGAUGCAAUAGAACAUACAACAGAAGUUACAACACAAAAUACAACAGAAGAUACAACAGACCCUAGCGGUGGAAUCUUCGAAUUUGCAGUAGGAAAAGAAGAUGGUGUCUCCAUCUUACCCGUUGGCACUGUCACCUCCGUUAAUCUGGUGUCAAGUGCCACCGAAAACGGGACUGCGGUUGCCGUCUCGCCCUCUGAGGCGGUGGCGAUCCUCUCCUCGUCCGGCAUCGAGUCUUCCAUGUCUGUAGUCUCUCUGCCACUCAUGCCGACGCCGGUGACGACUCCGUUGCCUAUUGAGACGACCAGCGUGUUGCCGAGUCUGCAAGUUACACCCCCUUCCCCUGCAGACUGUUUCUCCCCUCUCCCAGGGCCAGUCCAGACACCAACAGUCUCCCCAAGCUUCGCCACGGCCCCGCCCCACGUCGAUAAGGACCCUGACGACACUGUGCUAUCUGUCGACAGUGGCAAUGACACCAAAGAGACGGAGGCAGGAUCCAUAGUAACUACUUCCUCAUCUGAAACUUCUUCAGUCGAGACGUCGACCAAUUCAUCGACUGAGAUCGGAGAUUCGUCUUUCCCUUCGCUUGAACCUUCGGCAGGAGCAACGUCUGACAUACCUGACACAAGUCCUACGACGUUCACCCUCUCGACGCCCACACAUGAUUCGUUUAAUAUUACACCGUUGACACUUACACCUUCGGUUGACGAAACGCUGGGAACCAGACCCUCUGACUAUUUAUCAUCAACUCCUUCGUCAGUGACUGAACUAACCACUCUGCCACAGAGCUCGAUAACCGCAACGCCGAUGACUUCGUCACCAGAGAGCUCUCAGAUCACAGAACAUUCCACAGCAACAGAAACACCACCAACAACAGCAAUAACAACAUCUGCAGCAACGACAACAACAACAACAUCAGUAGCAACAACAACAUCAGCAACAACAGCAGCAACAACAACACCAUAUUCAACCACGACCAAGACGCCUCCGACAACAACGCAAAGUCCACAGAUAACUGCAACAACAGAGCUGACGACAGGCAUGCAACCCAGCCCGCCGAGCCCAAGUAACAAUGCCACAGUGCCCUUAGACCAGAGGUACUGGGUCAGGACAGUGCUGGAAGGUCCCCCUGCCAGUGACGACCCGCAGCUCUAUUGGGCAAGCAUAGAGGCAUUAUUAACAGAUGCCUACAGAGAAGCUUAUCGACGGAGCGCAAACAAGAUAAAUCGAGAGAAGAUGAAAAUGAAAACGAGGGCUUCGAACCAAACGUCCAAAGAUACAAAAGAGCCCGCCAUCGACCCCACGACAAGCAACCCGUAUGAGAACUACACCACAAUUACAGCCCGGGUGAGGAGGCAUGUUCCAGACAUCACGACUCCUUUGCCUCCUAUGAGACGUCAUCGCCGCAGGAAGCGUGACAUUCGUGCGGGCGAGAGAAUCUAUGACAUGUCCUCAGGGCUCAUGCGGAGAAAGGCCAUGGCAGUCAUCAGCAAUGACGAAAAGGCACCAAACAAUCGUCCAGGUUCUAAACUAACCCACAAUUUGCCCCCAAAUGCGAAAUCCUCUACACGGUCUCUGAGAAGGAACUUACACCUGUGGUCGAUACGUAUAAAGCCAUCACCCGAGCGCCUCGAGAUAGGCCUCAACAGAAGGAAACGGACCACGGCUGAGAAUGUGAAGGUACGACUCCAUAACGUGACAUAUGACAAUGUGACAGACACGACAGAGUUAAUCUACACUGUAUUCGACGACGAGGAACCCAUCCUCGCCCGCGAGGCCGUGGCGAACAUGUCGAACGUCGAUGAUAUGGAGAUGGCGAUCAUGCUCGACCAGGUUGUGGUGGUCAAAGCUGAAGAGUACCUGCGGGCGCCCCCGACGCCGCAAAAGGGCGAGCUGGUCUAUUGGAUCAUCGGCGGCGUGAUCGGGGCGGUAAUGCUGGUGGUGUUUGUGGUGUGGCUCGGCGCCUUCGUGUACAAGAGGCACAAGAGGGAGAGGGAGAUCCUUCAGCCAGAUUCACAGGCAGCGACUCCGAGAAGUCACUUGAGUGCCAAUGCAUACAUGGGUCACCUUAACCUAGCCUAUGCGGGCAGCAGAGAGGAGAAGCUGGACGCCGCGCCUGUCCCUUCGACGUCUCAGUUUCCAGGAGGGGAGCUGGGUGGCUCCUCUCCCGGAGGAUCCCAUGACCAGCUGCUCAUCCGAGACAAAAAAGAUCACUCAAGACAUUCUUCCAUGGACGAAAUGGAAGACGAUGAGUCUCACGGGGACUCUCCCAGGGAGGAGGCGGACUUCGAAACCACAGAAGAGGAGGUGCCCGACGGCCGGCGCCCGAAAAGCAGCGUCCCCUGGAGGCGGCCCGGCCGGCGCGUCGGCACGGAGGAGGCCGAGGAGCCCGUCUACAGCUCGCCCAACCCCGCCAACAUCCAGUACCAGCCGUCGCACUCCAACUACUCCCGCUACGACACGACCCACUCCGACUUGACCUCCAGCGACCUCCGCUGCGACCCCGCCUCGCAGCUGAUGGCCAAUAUGCUCCAGGGCGCCGCCGAGUUCACGCGCAAGGACCAUGGCUCAAUCUUCUUGCCUCCGCCCCUCCUUCCGCCGCCCCAGGGAUUCGACAGGAACCAGGAGGGGCAGUUCAUCCCGGGGACGUCCCUCCCUCGCUUCCUCCCUCCGCCCCGCCCCGCCAAGAGCGUCUCUCUUGCCAAGGCUCCUCCCGAAGGAUACGGCCAAGGCACCCCGUCCCAGAUCCAGUCAUACGACUAUGAUCCCGAGGCGCCGCCUAUCCCGCCGAGGAACUACACCAGGGAGGAGGCAGGACUUCCGCCUCUGAGGGAGUCCUCGCAAUCCCCCCUCCGGCCGUCGACGAAGGACGCGCAGGUGGAGGCUCGAAUCGACAACGAGACGGGAGGAUCAUCUUCGUCAGGAGAGCAGGAGCUCGCGCGCCGCCCCUCGACAACCUCCUCGCAGGCCUCCGACGCGGGGAGUUCCGACGGCACGGCGCCCAACGUGCGUCGUCUGCGACGCCGCUUCCACGACCUGCUGGACGACGCGUUUUCUCUGCUCAAUGGUCAACGACACGGGGAUAAGGUCACACCUCUCACGACCCCCACGCAAGGCCGCAAAGGUCGCGUGAGGUCAGCGGCUUUCUUACAGAGGGGCCGCCAUUCAGACGUGCCAGAGGAGCAAGGGGCUGCAGGAGGGGAGGACAGGCGCCCUUGGUCAGUCGCCGCCGUCCACGCGUCGCCGUCCUGGAGAGAACCACAGCUGGUGGGCGUGAUCCCCCUGGAGGAGAGCAGGAAUCCGGUGUCCGCGUGGGGAGACGGGGUGGGCCGAGCGAGUGGCGGACGACCCUCCAGUGCCCACCCGACGACCGGGGCCGGACGACCGUCAAGCAGCGGACGACCCUCAAGUGCUAGGCCGAGUAGCGGACGACCCGGCAGCGGACGACCCGGCAGCGGUCGGAGCGCCCGGAGCAUAACGCCGGUCAACAUGCCGCCGAACAGCCCCGACCGACUCGGUCUAAAUCUGGCGGGCGUGCACGGGAGCAACGAGGCCCUGGAUCCCGACACCGGCCUGCGCGUGUCCGACCCGGCCGUGCCCCUCAUCCGCGCCAUCAAGGAGGAACUCAAGCGCUUUAAGUCGACCAUCAGCACCGAAUCCUCCAACGCCUGAGACCCUCCUACUCCUCCAACGCCUGAAUCCUCCAGCGCUUGAAACCCUCCUACUCCUCCAACGCCUGUGAUCUCUGCCUGCUCUUCCACGCUGCCGUUCUGGUUUUCUUUCGUGAAAGGGUAUGAAAAUGUACGAUUAGGUGAAGUGGUUCUGAAUGUUUUUCGAUUUUUUCCCUCAAGAAUGAGCAGGCGAGAAAUAAAUUGCGAAGCACAUUACCCUUUGAGGAAUGAGUACAUAAGUAUAUUAGGGACUGUCAGAAUCCCCUUCAUAAAUGUUAAAGGAUACUUCGAUUUUUUACAUUUUAGGCUUUUUUACAUCCUGCUGUUUUAUAAUGUAGAUUAUUUUUUAAAUCCAAUAUACAGAUAGCAUAGUCUGUUAAGAAAAAAUAAAAUUUGCCAAUAAAAUAUCUAUAAGAAACCGAAACGGAAAACUGAAAUAAAAAUAUAGUCUUAGCGAUAGGAAUAGAAGGGUAGAGAUAAUAGCUGCAUGAGAAGUACGGACCAGGCAGGGAUCAAAUAGACUGAUAGACGACGAAAUGACCAAAAGAAGAGGCCGAAAGGGACCAGUGUAGGACAGAAUCAAGUCGAGGCUUAUUAGUGAAGGACAAAUAAGACGGGACAUUGGGGACAAGGUCAUACAUUUUACCCUAGAACGAAAUGGCACAUUUUGGCCUGAUACAAGGUAGAACGUUUUGGCCAGAAACAAAAUGGAACAUUUUGUCCCGAAGAUGGAAUUUCUUGCCCGCGAAUAACCUAGAACAAUUAAGCCUGGGACAAAAAAUAUGUUCUGUUGUGUUCAUGUCCAAAUUGGUGCAUUUUGAGUUUCAUUUCAGAACAGAUUAGAAUACGAGAACAAGGUUUAGCGAGACUGACCAUAACAAAUGUAGAACACAAUUUAACUUCACCGGAGGACAGAGACGCACGCAACCACAUCUCUUAAGACAAACAAAAGCAUAUAAAUAAAUCUAUGAAUGUACACAAAGUAAGGAUAAAGAUAAAUGGAAAAAAAUAUAUAAUGAUGAAUAUUUAGAAUGAAAAUAAAACCGAACAAGCUCUAUUGAUCUGUUAUGAAAGGAAAUUAUCUUUUGUUUAUUAAUGGAUGUGAGUUGAUUAUCAUAUUUUUGGCGAAAGGAAUACGAAAUAAGGGCGUGAUUUCGGUUGAUCUCCUUCCUGGUUUUCUUCGUAUGUUCUUUCCUGAAAGCUGCUGAAAUUCUAUUAUUAUUAUUAUUAUCAUUAUCAUUAUCGUUAUAAUUAUU